AUGAUCUCGGGACUAUUGCAGACAUUUCUGACACCUGGUAACCGGCGUAUUGCUAGUCUUAAUCUGUGGCCACAUUUUAUUCAAAGACACACAUGCUGCCCUUUUCCAGUGUCAACAAUUAAUGUUUACCAAAGUCAACAGCAAACCGCCCUCUAUGCCACUUUCAAUCAAGUUAUACGCGGUAUGCGUAAGAAAAAGACCAAACUUUCCAAAUCUCCUGCCCUGGUAGGAUGUUACCAAAGAAAAGGUGUCUGCAGUAAGGUUUACACUACCAAGCCAAAAAAACCAAAUUCUGCUGUGCGUAAAGUUGCACGUGUCAAGCUAUCAACCGGCAAGUUUGUAACAGCUUACAUACCUGGCGAAGGGCAUAAUUUGAGUGAGCAUAGUAACGUCUUAGUUCGAGGUGGUCGUGUUAAAGAUUUACCAGGUGUUAGGUAUCAUCUUAUUAGAGGUGCUCUGGAUUUUGCGGGCGUUCCUAACAGGAUUACUUCUCGCUCAAAGUAUGGAACAAAAAAACCCAAAUCCGCCUCUG